GUAAUGGUUAAGGGAUCUCACGCUUGGUGCGCUCUGAAAUGAGGAAGCCGGUUCAGCAUUUGGCCUGUAUUUGUUUGGUUGACUCUGGCAGCAGUACAUUGAUCAUCACCUCCUCCGCACACGGAUCUCUCUGCUGGAAUCUGCUGUCCUAGCUGGGUCGCAGAGAUGGCAUAGGAGACUGCGUCUACAAAGGCUUAUGAGAGGCAUUCAGGUAAGUGAGAUUCUUACAUAUGGAAUCUACUAUUCUCAACCAGGCACUGUUUAACCCUAUGAAAUAACAUCAGUCAUCCAGCCUGGACCAGCCACACUUUAGGAUGGCAACGAAAUGUUGGGCGGCUGGCACUCAGUGUAUUGCCAAGAAUGACCACACCAAGCCCAAAGCUUCUGAGCUGGCCUACCGCAAAGGAGACAUUCUCACCAUUGUGGAGAUUGGGAUGGACAAGGGCGUUUACAAAGCCACACACAACAAGACCGGAGAGGAGGGCCUCAUCUCUGCUAGCAAUGUCCGAGAGCGGGAAGCCAUUCGCAUAGACCCAAGCCUCAGCCUCAUGCCCUGGUUUCAUGGGAAAAUCUCAGGGCCAGAAGCGGUGAACAAGCUGAAACCCAUGGAGGAUGGGCUGUUCCUGGUACGAGAGUCCAUCCGGCAUCCUGGCGAUUAUGUGCUGUGUGUCAGUUUUGCUCACGAAGUCAUUCACUACCGGGUUAUCUAUCGUGACAACAAGCUGACAAUUGACAACACCCAGUUUUUCUACAACCUCAUUGACAUGAUUGAGUUCUACACAAAGAACAAGGGAGCCAUUGCUACAACCCUGCAGAAACCGAAACAGAAAGAGGGCACCAAAUCAGCGGAGGUGGAGCUGUCUAAGGCUGGAUGGCUGCUGGACAUCAAAAAGCUCACCUUGGGAGAGAGCAUUGGAGAAGGGGAGUUUGGAGAGGUGUACAUGGGGGAAUACAUGGGACAGAAGGUGGCCGUCAAGAACAUCAAGUGUGAUGUCACAGCUCAGGCCUUCCUGGCGGAGACCGCUGUCAUGACGAAACUCCAGCACAGGAACUUGGUGCAGUUGCUAGGGGUGAUCUUGGACAAUGGGCUGCACAUCGUCACAGAGUUCAUGGCGAAGGGUAACCUGGUGAAUUUCCUCCGGACGAGAGGUCGCUCCGUGAUUGGCAAGACGCAACUGCUUCACUUCGCACUAGACGUCUGUGCAGGGAUGGAGUACCUGGAGUCCAAGAGGCUGGUACACAGAGACCUGGCCGCUCGCAACGUCCUGGUGUCCGUCGACAGUGUGGCUAAGGUUAGCGACUUUGGGCUGGCCAAAAGGGACUCCAAGGCGACGGAUAACGCAAAGCUGCCCAUCAAAUGGACGGCCCCGGAAGCUCUGAAGAAAGAUAAAUUCUCCACGCGCUCAGAUGUCUGGAGCUAUGGGGUCCUCUUAUGGGAGACGUUCUCCUACGGCAGACAGCCCUACCCAAAGAUGUCUCUGAAGGAGGUGAAGGAGACGGUGGAACAAGGCUAUCGCAUGGAAGCCCCGGAGGACUGCCCCGCCAGCGUUUACGCCAUCAUGAGGGUCUGCUGGGAGGCCGAUCCCGGGAAGAGGCCUUCCUUCCGAAAACUGCGGGACAAGCUGAAGAGGGAGCUGCCCGACAGCAACUCUGCAACGGGCUCCUGAGGCCGCUGAGGGGAGGGUGGAGUAAGGCCAAAAUUAGCAGACAGUUUGUGUCGCGCUCCCCUCCCCUCCUCCCCCCCAUCCAAAGUUUCCAUGUGAAAUGUUUAGAAUUCCUGAGGGUCACACAAGAACUGUGCUGUUUCUCCAGUUAAUUAUACAGAUAUUUAUAUAUUUAUGAUGUGUGGAAAACAGAGAGAGAUGACACACAAGGCACUUGAAAUAGAGCUGGGAUUGGUGGCCACCAGGGGGCAGCACUAAGAACUGAAGCAGAUCAGAUGAAUCCCUGCUCUCCUAUCAAGCAAUAUAGUGCCUAAAGGCAGCCACUGUACAUACACACUGUAUUAUACAGCUAUAUGAUGUAACUACUGUUGGAUAUAUGUAAUGCAUAUAUUGAGGAAAAGGCUAUUGUAAUUAAAUAACUUUUUAAUGCA